AUGGAUUUCCCCACCGACGGACACCCCGGGCGCCUGCAGGACAAGAUCGCCAUCGUCACCGGCGGCUCCAUGGGUUUGGGCGAAGGCAUCGUGAGGAAGUUUGUGCACGAGGGCGCGAAGGUGGUCAUUUUCGACAUCAACCGGAAAGCCGGAGAACAGGUCAUCGCCACGCUGCCCGAUGGGAAGGUGGAAGUGUUUGAGGGAGAUGUCACCAAGGAGGAAGACUGGACGACCGCGCUGGAAGUCGCGAAGAGCUGUUUUGGGAAUCUGCAUAUCGUGGUGAAUAAUGCUGGGGUGGUGCAUAGGGCUGGUGUAAGUUCCGUUUCACAUGUCAAUCAUCACGAGGAAUCCUUUGGAGCUCAAUAAGAGCUGACUUCUUUCACACCACACAGCCCAGCCCGGAAGUACCCCCCUCCGAAUUCCACCGCAUCAUGAACAUCAACAUCGCCCCCCUCUACCACUCCGCCAAAACCAUCUCCCCGCACUUCAAGUCCCAGGAAACCGGCGGCGGCGGCGUCUUCAUCAACAUCUCUUCCAUCUCCGCCCCCCGCCCCCGCCCCAACCUCGUCUGGUACGCCGGUUCCAAAGGCGCCGUGUCGUCCAUCACCCGCGGCCUGGCGGCGGAAUUCGCGCCAUAUGGGAUUCGCUGUAAUGCCGUGCUGCCCGUCGUGGCGGACACGGGCAUGGUGGCUUCGGUGCUCGGGGGCGCGGAUAGUGAGGAGGGGAGACGGAGGUUGGUGGCGCAGAUUCCGCUGGGGAGGAUCUGUAGGCCGGAGGAUGUGGGGAGUGCGGUUUGCUUUUUGGCGAGUGAUGAGGCGGCGUUUAUUACGGGGGUGGAAUUGCCUGUGGAUGGGGGGAGGGCGUUGAUGUAG